AUGGCCCUCGACCGACGCCUCGGGCGAGUAAUCGCCAUCGCCGCGGUCUUCACAGCCUUGAUGCUACUGCUGCGACCGGCCCGACCACACUUCGGCUUCGACUCGAACGGGCGCGACCACGCAGACGGCAACACCCCUUCAGGCUCCGACCGGCCACAGGUCCGCUUCAAAGCUAGCGGCUUCGACUGGACCACCGUGGCCCAGCGGUACCCCGUCUCACUGACACACACGCUGCCCACGGGCUCUCCAAAGCAGCUGCCCCCCGUGCAACAUGCCUUCACGGGUUAUAUCCACGAUACCACGACCCACGCACGACAGCAAGCUGUGCGAGCGGCAUUUGUCAAGAGCUGGAAGAGCUACAAGAAGGAGGCAUGGCUGCGGGAUGAGUUAGCCCCUGUGAGUGGUGGAGGGAAGACUACAUUUGGUGGCUGGGCGGCGACUCUCGUGGAUGCCCUCGACACACUCUGGAUAAUGGAACUCAAAGACGAAUUCUACGAGGCUGCCGCUGCCGCUGCCCAGCUGGACUGGGCCCAUACGUCCGACACUGCGGCGAAUAUGUUUGAGACCACCAUUCGCCAUCUUGCCGGCUUGCUGAGCGCCUACGAUCUCAGCCAUGAGCCUGCGCUCCUUGAAAAGGCGACCGAGCUAGGCAACAUGCUGUACAUGGGCUUUGACACGCCCAACCGCAUGCCGGGAUUCUGGUUCAACUUCCAGGACGCCCGAGACGGCCGCCAAGUCGCGGGCACGAACGACCCUUCAGCCAGCCCGUGCUCGCUCUCGCUCGAGUUCACCCGUCUGUCCCUGCUCACGGGCGACCCCAAGUUCUAUGACGCCAUUGCCCGGAUUACCGAUUUCCUUGAACGCACGCAGAGCGAAUCCCAGCUGCCGGGCAUCUGGCCGAAACUGAUCAAUUUCCGUGAACAGAGCGUCGACCGCGAGGGCGGCUUCACCCUCGGCGCGCUUGCUGACUCGCUGUACGAAUACCUGCCGAAGAUGACGGCGUUGUUGGGUGGACAGCUACCGGGCUACGAGAAAAUGUACCGUGCGGCCAUGAAGACAGCCAAACAGCACAUGCUCUUUCGGCCCAUGGUCCCCGAUAAUGAUGCCGAGGGCCAGGGCGUUUUGUUCGCUGGUGACGCGGUUGUCCACGAGAAUGGUAUCGAUCAUAUUGCCGAGGGUCAACACUUGUCAUGCUUUGCAGGCGGCAUGUUUGGGCUCGGAGGCAAAUUGUACGAUAUCCCAGACUACGUCGACCUCGGCGAGCGGCUUGCGCGCGGUUGUUCGUGGGCCUACAGUGUCUUCCCCACCGGCCUGAUGCCUGAGAUUUUCACCAUGAUCGAAUGUGAAUCCAUUGAUGGACCAUGCCCCUGGAAUGAGAAGCGGUGGAAGAAAGAAGGCAACACCAAACUCCCCAAGGGCUUCAAGACAGCCCGUGACACGCGUUACAUUCUCCGCCCGGAAGCUAUCGAGAGCAUCUUCCUGAUGUAUCGCAUGACCGGGAAGGAGGAAUACCGCGACUUUGCCUGGCGCAUGUUCCAGGCCAUUAUGAAAGCCACCGAGACCCCUCUGGCCAACUCGGCGAUUGCCGACGUCACGACACAUGGAGCACCGGCGAAGUCUGAUUCCAUGGAGAGCUUCUGGCUCGCCGAAACGCUCAAAUACUUUUACCUCAUCUUCUCGCCACCGGAUCUCAUCAGCCUCGAUGACUACGUCCUAAACACCGAGGCCCACCCCUUGCGACGAGCUAAGCCUGCCUAA